UACAAGUAGCGAGCGCGAAGAACAAAGCAGUCUUGUAGAUGAAUGAUUUAGUGGGCUCACUUUUCGCUCAUCAGGCACUGAAGACCCUUUACGUUUGGCGAGAUGUUUGUAACGCAUUACUGUAAAUGGUGUAGUUUCAUCGGUCUAGCGCUGUUAUGCUUUGUGCCUAAGACGUCAAGUAAUGAAAGUAAAUGGAGAAAUGACGAGAAAGACACCAAGCGAGGCAGUACGACAGCUUUAUACUAUGUGUCAGUGACAACCGCUGACGAGCAGUGGGCUGGGACCGAUGCUGAUGUCUUCAUACAAAUCUUCGGAAAGAACGGAAAUACAUCAGCCGUGGAGUUAACUAAGUCUGGCAACCUAUUUGAAAGGGGAGACGUUGAUGAUUUUAUUUUGGUGGAAAAUGCUGUUGGCUCUUUGGAAAAAGUGGGAAUUAAGCGCAACGAGAAAGGUGUAUGGGACGAUUGGAAGUUAGAACUGGUCACUGUAAAGCCCGCAGGUUCUCUCGUCCAUAAGUUUGCCUUCAAUGAGUGGAUUCCAGCCAAUGAAUGGGUGUACAGUUAUGGUGGCUAAGUGCAGAGUCAUCGCCUCAACAUUUGUACCAGGAUAGUCUACUAUUGUAAUCAUGAAUGUUGAUUCUUUACUAUGUUUAGAUUGCUAAUUUAGCUACUCAACUGUCAAGGUGUUUGGUAGGAAUAAAUGAAAGAGUUUCUCUUGACAAAAGGACCUAGAUAUCAAUGCUUGCAUCCCAUUCAUUAGUAAAAAUUUCAGCUCAUCUCUAGGCUAUCAGUACAUUAAUAGGUCCGAGAUCUCAGCAAUCAGUUAAAAGCCGGACAGAUAAUUAAAACUUUGCCUAUUCAGUUCUGAGCUAUACCGUAAACUGAUCCAGACUAGAACAGUUGUAACAAUCCAAAAGUGAGAUUUCAAGGGUGUGUAUAGCACCCCUGAUAAUAUGAACGAGCAGUUUUGAUUGUCACAGAGGUUAUAGAACAGCGCGAAAUAAAUACAAGAAAUCGUUAAAACCAA